UGAAGACUGGGCGCAGAAUCAUGUGACGACAGUGGCUGUCUGCAGCAGACUGGAUGUUUUCUCUAGCAAAAAUGAGAUGGGUUGGUUUAGAUUUCCUGGUCAAACAGAAAGAACCAUGAGAGUUCGGGGAGUGUUUGCUAACUGGAUCAAACCUGAUGCUGUUUCUCUCAUUGAACUAAAUAGUAGCUCCAACAACCUUCUUUGUUUUUGUUCUGCUGACCUGUCAUAAGCUGCAGCUUUGCCUGAGGAACGGUUUUGUCAAUGCAGAAAUAUCCUUAUCACCUGGCCCUGAUGGACCCUCAGGUGUGUCCACCCCCGGCCAACAGCAGCCUGUCUGUCACUAGCUAUGACAAGUCCCCCAUCAGUACAUUCAAACCCAGCCACUCACGCAACAACAGCACCGGCUCGUCCAAGCAGUCAAAGCAGUCUCGCAACUGGGAGGUGAUGAAUGAUGCAUCUUCGGUUACUGGCUCUUCUUUGGACCUCAGUAUUCCUGGUAUCUGUGAGGGUUACCUGAUGAAGAGAAGGAAGUACCCCCUCAAAGGCUGGCACAAGAGAUAUUUCCUGUUGGAGAAAGGAAUUCUCAAGUACUCAAAGACGCAGCAAGAUAUUCAGAGGGGGAAGCUCCACGGUUCUCUGGACAUCAGUAUGGCGGUCAUGUCUGUGAACAAGAAGUCCAAACGCAUUGACCUCGAUGCUGGAGACAAUCUUUAUCACCUCAAGGCAAAAAGCAGUGACAUCUUUUACAUCUGGCUGACGAAGCUGUGUGCCCAUCGUGUCUUUAGAAAAAAUGAGGCAAUGAGCGUCCAUCGUGGUGUCCUACACGCUCUGUCAUUGGGCCAGAACACGCUGCCAGCUGUAGCCAGUCAGCAAAGCAAAUUGAUCAGUCCUCAUUAUGCCAGCUCCGCAUCCACAUGCCAUUCUGAGAUGGUUAGCCCCACCCAGGUCACUUCUCAUCCAGCCGUAACCAGCAAAGUGUCGGCUUGGCUGCAGCAGACCCAUGACAUUGAUGCAACCUCCAAUGACCUUGCUCGCAGCCAAGCAGAACUGACAGAACUUGCUCAACUGGUCCAAAGACUCCGCUGGCUGGAAGGAGGCUUCCCAAUCACAAAUACUGAUCUGGAGAUGAGGAUCAGCAUGCAGAAUAUCACCCUGGAAAAACCAAAGAAGAAGACUGGAAAGUUCAUUGGUCACUCCAGGACUUUGUCUCGUGUGGAAGCUAUGGGUGGGACGUUCACAUCAAGCCACUUGAGUACCAGCUGUGGCUCUGGAUUGGGUGCAUCGGUUCAGUCCAUACCUGACCAUGUUUACUCCCAGCUGUCAAACCCUCAGGUCACUUCACCUGAAGCCAAGAAGCUCCACCAGGACAUCUGUAGUCUGUCUCAAAGGGUUCACUCUUCUCUGAAGGCCAUUCAUGAGGUUCUGACUUUAGAGAGAGAGAGACUGAGGCAGGCAUGGGCCGGACCCGACCUCAGACAGAACACGUCUGAGCAGCUCGCUACUCUGUGCACCACACUGUCAGAGCUUGACAUUCAGUCCCAUCUUACCAAAGUCCACUCAUUCUCGCUGUCCUCUGACUCUACUGAAGAAUCCUUCUGCACUGUCCGCCCAGACCAGAAGACUCCAUCUCUGGACCGCCACAGUCACCGUGCUCCCUCAGUGGCAGAAUCCAUGGCGGAGUAUUAUGAUGCCAGUGAGGUCAUUGUAUGUGAGACCUCAUCAGAUGCUGAAGCUUCAGAUGAGUCUGGUCUGAGUGACAUCACUACUACUAGCAACUCUGAGCCUGAAGAAGGACCCACUGCCGCAACUGUCAGCUAUAGAGCAAGUCUAAACAGUGCACCUGAAAAGCCCACCCCAGUGCGCACCGAUACUGGUCGCCGUAAGACUCUCCCUGCCCCAGGAGCAGACAACAGCCAUAUUGGAAUUAUGACCAUCCUGUACAAUAACAUUGGCAAAGACCUAUCUAGAGUCUCAAUGCCAGCAGUUCUCAAUGAGCCUCUGUGCUUGCUUCAGAGACUCAGUGAAGAACUGGAGUAUCCCGAGCUGCUGGACAUAGCCAAUCACACUGACGAUCCGUAUGAGAGAAUGGUUUAUGUCGCGGCCUUUUCCAUCUCUGGUUAUGCGUGGGCAUCCUGGAGAAAUCGCUACAAACCCUUCAACCCUGUUCUGGGAGAAACGUAUGAAAAUCACAGAGAAGACAGAGGAUUUCGUUUUAUAAGUGAACAGGUCAGUCAUCACCCACCCAUCUCUGCCUGCCAUGCAGAGUCUGAAAAUUUCACUUUCUGGCAAGAUCAGAGAUGGAAGAACAAGUUUUGGGGGAAGUCUGUGGAGAUCAUUUCUACUGGACUGGUCAAUGUUACCCUUCCCAAUUAUGGUGAUCACUACGAAUGGAACAAGGCAGUGACAUGCAUCCACAGUGUGUUGAGUCAACAGCGCUGGCUGGAGCAUUAUGGGGAGGUGGUCAUCAAAAAUACCAAGAGUGACAUGUGCACCUGCAAGAUGACCUUUGUCAAGUCUCGUUACUGGAGCUCUGAAAGUGGAAAGAAUGAGGUCCAGGGGGCUGUUCUGAACCGGGCUGGAGAGGUGGUUCAUCGUUUUGGAGGCUUCUGGCAUGAAGGCAUCUUCUGUGACACGCUGCCAACACCGAAGUGUCUCUGGAAGCCAAAUCCUCAGCCUGAUGACCACUUUGAGUUCUACGGUUUCUCACAGUAUGCCAGAGAACUGAAUGAACUGACUGCAGAGCUGAAAGAUGUCCUUCCACCCACAGACACGCGUUUCAGACCAGACCAGAGGCUCCUAGAGGAAGGGAAAGUGAUGGAGGCAGACAAAAAGAAGGAUGAAAUAGAGGAGAAACAGAGGGAGAGGAGAAAGGAGAUAGCCAGAAGAGGAGAGGAGCACAUCCCAAGAUUUUUCAGAAAAGCACAAGAUGAGGCUGGUCGAGAGGUGUGGCUAUAUAAUGGAACCUACUGGAAGAUCCGCAAAGAUCCAGGCUUUUCUAAGACGGAGAAUCUGGACCUGUGGCUGAGUGAAUAAAAUCAGCUAGAUGUUUAGUGUGAUCUUGUGCUGUACUCGUUGCAUUUGAAUCACAAUAUUGAUCUAGUAUAUAUAUAUAUAUAUAUAUAUAUAUAUAUAUAUAUAUAUAUAUAUAUAUAUAUAUAUAUAUAUAUAUAUAUAUAUAUACAUACAUCCACAGAGCAAUUCCAGUGUGCGUGCCAUCCAUGUCCUUGUUGAUGAAGCAUAGGGUGUUUGGAGCAUGAAUGAACCUCAUGUGAACUUGUAUUUUAGAGGUGAGGUGCCACAAUCAAAGAAAUGAUUCAACAGAUCUGCUGCCCUUCCUAUUUUUAUUUUGUACUUUUUGGCAUUUUUCUUGUAAUGAAAACUUAAAAUAUUCAACGUUAAAUGUAUUAUUAAUCUGAAUUACACUGACAACUAUUUAGAUGACUAGUGAUAUCGAUCUGAUACUCUGGUCCCAUUGUAUAAUUACAUAUUUGUAGGAUGUUUUGUAUAUUUUCCAUGUCUGGGGGAUGGGGGUGGGGUUACAUUACAGGUGAAACUGCUGCUGUCUUAAUCUCGGAUCAAACCCUGUUGCAGUAGGUUUUCUUAAGUUUGGUUUUGCACAUGGCUACUUAAUUUUUCUGUUAUAAAAACCUUCCCCUUGCUUGGAGGAGCUGAAAGGCUAGUAAUUUUUUUUUUUUUUUACCAGUAUGCAGUUUUUACUGAGGAAAAUAAAAAUUUAUGGAGAAAAGGUUAUUUACCCAUCUAAUUAAAAGGUUUUAUGGUCAGGAUUCUUUGUUUUUUCUAUAAGCACCAAUGAAGCUCUUUAAAAUUUAACACAAAUGAGAAAACUUGGGUUUUAUAGAGUGGGUAUUUUGUAACUAUUUGGGCUCACCUGAAUGCUACUUGAGUUGUGCAACAGUUCUGUAUAUGACGAUUUGUCCAAUUACACACAAAUGGGUCAACAUCA